CUAUGGUUGCGUCUUAGAGAACGCUUUGGUCCUGCAAAGGAAGGAACCCGGAUGGGAGUAGGCUCUGGCUGCAACCUUAGGGGCACGGUUCGGCGAUGGCUCAUUGGGCGCCCCUGGUAGGGAGCAGCAGCACCAGGAGGAAGCCCCGCUCCUGCCCUAGCAGAGUGCAUUGCCUUUCCUGAGGCCACUUUCAGAUUAGUUGUGGAGCGAUAGGGAGAGACUGUGUGUGACUAAGUGAUCGCGAGUAUCGCAGGUGCAGAAGUAGCUCAGAGCAGACAGGACCAGAGUUGCUGGAGAAGUCAGACUUGGGCUGCAGCUUUGAAGACUUGCAAGGGGGUUGGGUACCUGGGCAGCCUCAUUCUUUUUGUAGAAACGUGAAUAUCUAAGGAAGGGAACUUAGAAAUCUUGUAGGAGUAGGUCUCAUUGAACCGAUGAGAAAAGGCUCAGAGGGUAGGGACUUGAAGGCAUACUUGGCACUGGGAUCCAGUUAUCUUAGCUUCGUGUUUCAGGUCCUUAACUACCAGGGAGGAUGUGUAAAACACUGAGGUGUGAACUGCUGAGGCAGUUAGUUGCCGUUUGUCAUUCUCUGGUUGUUUUUUCACCCUUGCCCCGUACCCACCUUGUUUAAAAACUGUAGAUCCUUCUGAGCUUUCAUUAAGUGAUGUUUAGCAUGGUGGCCUAGGGAAAGUUUAGCGUGGUCUGAGAAAGUGUCCAAGAACCUUUAAACGACUUGCUGUCCUCAAUAAUCAAGUUUCUCUUAAAAAAAAAAAAAAAAGUAAAAAGAUGUAUACAAUGUGCUGAUUGUCCAAAGGGCUAGAAAGAUAUUUAAGAAAUGGUUUUUGCCUUUGAGGACCUUUUGUUAAGCAGAGAGAUUAAGGUGAUUCCGUAAAUAGUCGUAAUAUACCACAGAACAUAGUAAGGCCUGUAAGAAGAUUUAGAAGAGGGAAUGAAUAUCUCUGGGGCAGAGGAAGAGAGGCGAUUAGAAAAAAACCCUGUUGAGGAGUUGGUGUUUUAAGUGGGCACUUGAGGGUGGUAAAACAGUGACAGGCUGACUUUGAAGAUACAGGGAGGAUUGCUCACUAGGAAUGUGCUUGAGCCAAGACCCUAGUGAGAAAGUGUCUGGAUACCUAAGAGAUUUUCCUGAUUGGACAAGUUGUGGGUACUGUGAAUAAAGGGAAGGCCCAGAGAUGGGGUUGGUGCCAUCUGUUUCGUGGAAACACUAGAAUACUCAUCUGAGAAGUUCGUGCUUUUUAAGGAAGAGUCAUUCGGGCAGAACUAUCCAGAGGAAGCUGAUGGCACUUUGGACUGUAUCAGCAUGGCCCUGACUUGCACCUUUAACAGGUGGGGCACACUGCUUGCAGUUGGCUGUAAUGAUGGCCGAAUUGUCAUCUGGGAUUUUUUGACAAGAGGAAUUGCUAAAAUAAUCAGUGCACACAUCCAUCCCGUCUGUUCUUUAUGCUGGAGUCGAGAUGGUCAUAAGCUUGUGAGUGCUUCCACGGAUAACAUAGUGUCACAGUGGGAUGUUCUUUCAGGAGACUGUGACCAGAGGUUCCGGUUCCCUUCGCCCAUUUUAAAAGUCCAGUAUCACCCACGAGAUCAGAACAAGGUGCUCGUGUGUCCCAUGAAAUCCGCUCCUGUCAUGUUGACCCUUUCAGAUUCCAAACACGUUGUUCUGCCGGUAGAUGACGACUCCGAUUUGAACGUGGUUGCAUCUUUUGAUAGGCGAGGAGAAUAUAUCUAUACGGGAAAUGCAAAAGGCAAGAUUUUGGUCCUAAAAACAGACUCUCAGGAUCUUGUGGCCUCCUUCAGAGUAACAACUGGAACCAGCAAUACCACAGCCAUUAAGUCCAUAGAGUUUGCCCGGAAGGGGAGUUGCUUUUUAAUUAACACAGCAGAUCGAAUAAUCAGAGUCUAUGAUGGCAGAGAAAUCUUAACCUGUGGGAGAGAUGGAGAACCGGAACCUAUGCAGAAAUUGCAGGACUUGGUGAAUAGGACCCCGUGGAAGAAGUGCUGUUUCUCCGGGGAUGGGGAGUACAUAGUGGCGGGGUCAGCCCGGCAGCACGCCCUGUACAUCUGGGAGAAGAGUAUUGGCAACCUGGUGAAGAUUCUCCAUGGGACCAGGGGAGAGCUCCUCCUGGAUGUGGCUUGGCAUCCUGUUCGACCCAUCAUAGCAUCCAUUUCUAGUGGAGUGGUGUCUAUCUGGGCACAAAAUCAAGUAGAAAAUUGGAGUGCAUUUGCACCAGAUUUCAAGGAAUUGGACGAGAACGUGGAAUAUGAGGAGAGGGAAUCAGAGUUUGAUAUUGAAGAUGAAGAUAAGAGUGAGCCUGAGCAGACAGGAGCUGAUGCUGCCGAGGAUGAAGAAGUGGAUGUCACCAGUGUGGAUCCUAUCGCUGCCUUCUGUAGCAGUGAUGAAGAGCUGGAAGAUUCAAAGGCUCUAUUGUAUUUACCCAUUGCCCCUGAGGUAGAAGACCCGGAAGAAAAUCCUUACGGCCCCCCGCCGGAUGCAGUCCAAACGUCUCUGAUGGACGAAGGGGCUAGUUCAGAGAAGAAGAGGCAGUCUUCAGCAGAUGGGUCCCAGCCACCUAAGAAGAAACCCAAAACAACCAAUAUAGAACUUCAAGGAGUACCAAAUGAUGAAGUCCAUCCACUACUGGGUGUGAAGGGGGAUGGCAAAUCCAAGAAGAAGCAAGCAGGCCGACCUAAAGGAUCAAAAGGUAAAGAGAAAGAUUCUCCAUUUAAACCGAAACUCUACAAAGGGGACAGAGGUUUACCUCUGGAAGGAUCCGCGAAGGGUAGAGUGCAGGCGGAGCUCAGCCAGCCCCUGACAGCAGGGGGAGCAAUCUCAGAACUGUUGUGAAGACCUGUGAAGUUCUUCGUUCUUCCCCACUUUGCCAUCAUGUGGCCUCUGGACACUGUGGUCAAUCAUUUGAGAUUGACUUUAAUUUAAAACAAAGGCCUCUGCCUCCCGCCCAGGAGGUGGAAGGAGUGAAUUUUAUGUUUGAAUGAAGAAGUGAAUUAUGGAAGAAAAGUAUAAGCCCCUUCCCUUCCCUUUCAAGCAUAAGUCCAAAUAGGCUCUCAGGAAUGAGGAUUUGUGAACAUACCACAGAGGAGCUUUGACUCAUUGAAACUUAAUGUUUAGUUAUGUUGCUGGAGAAAAGAUAACUAUGGUUUUUACGCAUCUAACCUAGCAUCAUUGAGACCUGUUAUUUCCUGUCUUCGUUUGCCGUCUCUCCUCAGUGCGUGUCCUGGAGUGACUUGUUUUACUGCCAGUGUCCUAGAGAAACUUGCGCUGGAUAUUUUCUUUCUUCCGUUUUUAACUUUGCACUCCCACCAUAUACGCCUAUGUUUCUGUACUGUGUGCAGAGGAUACACAGCAGAAGAAAGUGCUUCAAAGCUUUCAGAAAGAGAGGAAAGAUAAGACGGCCCCUCUUCCUGCCAUGCCGCAUUUUGCCCAAGAAGCUGGAUUUUUUUCUUGUUUUCCUUUCAUUCUGUGUUUCCCUCUAGCACUGGUUUGUUUGCAUUGAUCAUGGGUUUUGAAGAUAACUAGUUUCAUCUGUCUCCAGCAAAGAAUCAUCAGUAGUUUAUAUUGCACUAUGUAUGCUGGCUUGCAGAGAUAGAAACAAACCAAGGUGUCUCAAAAUAAGCUUUUUUUUUUUUAACUGGGGUGGGGGAAUCUAUGCAAGGACUAAAGUAAAACUGUCCCAAAUCAAAGCAGCAACAACAUAAUUCAAAUCAAAGAUGAAGGUAAAUUUUUUUUUAUCAACCUUUCCUUCCUGUAUCCAUGCUCCCAGUUUCUUACUACAUGUUUUCAGUCACUUCCUUUCUGUGAAAGGUUGCUUAGCUCUCUCUCUUUUUUUUUUUUUUUUUCGCUUUUACUGCUCUUUAUAUGAAAGGUAGCAGAUUGGAUGGACAUGUACCUUAGAUGGUUGAAGUUCCCUGAAAAUCCAGAGUGAAGAAACUGGGUGUGAAAGGGCCUGCUAGCCUCUCUGAGUGGAGCUUUUUUUAGCUGACCGAGAGUUGGUUACCCUGGUGGUCCUUUUAGUAUUUUCAAAGGAGAGUUUAAACACCAUGCAUAUUGUGAAAUCCACAUCAGCUGGCAAGUGCUCCUGUAAGCAGCUGAACAAGUUGAUUGGCUUUGGGAUUUUGGGUAGAAAUCAAGGUGGAACACAUCAGUCGGUCCUAUUCCGUCUUCAGAGCCAGUUCCCUUAGUGGUUGAAGGAGAGAGCUCUCUCUCAGUCAGCUGCAAAACAUCUGUGUUUUUAAAGGCCAUUUUUCCUCCAGUGUCCAUCCUAUAAAUUUGAUGUGAGCUGUACCAGUAGUAGAGAUUGGUAGGUGGCUCACUAGGUGGGUGUUUGUCUUGUGUACAUUAUACCCAUUCCAUUUCUCUCUACACUGAUGCUGCAAGCGUGUGCAAACUGUGAUACCGAGGGUUUCUGUCUUGUUUCUGUGCACGAAGUACCUUGGUUUCCUCUUCCUGUGCAUUUGGAUUUUAUGCUCUGUCCACCUCCUGAACUGGCUACUGAGAAAAGCAGCUGAAGCCUUGUCAGACUGUCUCUGACAGCAGCUCCUAAUAAUUAUUUAUGCUUUGGGUUUUUUUGUUCAGCUCCUGAAGCUUUCUGUCCAUUUCUGUUUGAAUUUCUCGAGUUGUACAAUGUAUGUAUAUCUUCUUCCCCGGUUCCCCCAGCUCCCGUUGGGUUUUUUAAUGUUUGGUAGUUUUGUACAAGAUGAGACUUAGACUUGGGUAUUUCUUGCUGAAGCUUUAAUGCUUUGUAAAUAAAAUUGGAUGUUUAUUAAAGAA